AUGAGCAAUCAAAAGACAGUGCCAACUUCAAUAAACUUCCUUUUUGGGGGAACAGCAGGGUUUGUUAUUCUUAUCAUUUUAAUUCAAUUCAAUUGUUUUAGAGUGCAGUGUAUAUUGUACAUGGAUUCUAGGAAAUUUCUAUUGAUUUAAGUUUUAAAAAUAAGUCUUUCCUAUAUAGAUUUUCAUAAAAUAUUUGUAUCAAAUAUCUUAAAAUAGAUAUUAGAGUUUACAUAAGAUUGUAAUAUAUGUUACAUAUGUAACAUUAUCUUAAUACAAAAAUAAUUUUAUGGUCUUUUGCUAUUCAAGCUUUAGGAAAGUUGACAUUCAAUUAAUUACUUUAUUCUAGAAUGGCUGCAACAUGUGUUGUUCAACCAUUAGAUUUAAUAAAGAAUCGAAUGCAAUUAAGUGGUACUAAAACAUCGACAAUAAGUGUAAUAUCCUCAAUUUUGAAAAAUGAAGGUGUCUUAGCUUUAUAUUCGGGUUUAUCAGCUGGUUUAUUGCGUCAAGCUUCAUAUACAACUACCAGGCUUGGUACAUAUGAAUGGCUGUCUCAAUUAACAUCAAAAGACAGUCAACCAAAUUUUGUUAUGAAAGUAUUGAUAGGUUGUACUGCUGGUUGUGUAGGAGCAUUUGUUGGUACUCCUGCUGAAGUUGCCUUGAUUAGAAUGACUGCUGAUGGUAGACUUCCUAUUGCUGAGAGACGCAAUUAUAAAAAUGCAUUUAAUGCAUUAGUUCGAAUAGUCAAAGAAGAAGGCUUUUUAGCAUUAUGGAGAGGUACUAUUCCGACAAUGGGAAGAGCUAUGGUUGUAAAUGCAGCUCAAUUGGCAUCAUAUUCUCAAUCUAAAGAAAUGUUACUUAAUACUGGAUAUUUUGAAAACAAUAUUACAUUACACUUUGUAAGCUCUAUGAUAUCAGGUUUAGUAACCACUGCUGCUUCUAUGCCAGUUGAUAUUGCUAAAACAAGGAUUCAAAAUAUGAAAGUUGUGGAUGGUAAACCAGAAUUUAAGGGUGCAGUAGAUGUUAUAAUUCAGGUCUGUCGAAAUGAAGGAAUAUUUUCAUUAUGGAAAGGUUUCUUUCCUUAUUACGCUCGCUUAGGUCCACAUACUGUUUUGACAUUUAUUUUUGUAGAACAAAUGCGCAAUUUUUACAAAACGUAUGCUUAUUCAUACAGUUCGUAAUACACAAACACAUUAAAUCUUCAAAAAGUUUUAAGUAGUUUUUUUUUGUAUAUGUAUCUCUCAUUUUAUAUCUAACCUUUUCCAAGUUAUACAUAUGUUUAAAAUGAAUGUUCACUCCUUUAAUAUAAUUUUAGUUCGUAUAUUAAUGUUUGAUGAAUACUGUAUCAUUUUUACACACACGCACAAUAUUUGUUAACUUUAAAUAUUAAAUAUCUUGAUAAUUUGUACGAAUUUUAGUUUAAAGUUCGUCAAGAAUUAGGUUACAUACAUAUGUACUUAAGUACAUGUGUAACCAAUUUUAACAUACAGUUUACGUUGACAAAUAAGUCUUAAUGUUACGCGGAAACAGUACAUUCUAUCAACACAUUCUUCACAGAUAAAGAAUCGUUUGAUACGAUUUUUAUUUUUUUAUUUUAUUAUUUGUUAGAACUAUAA